GCCGAGUGGUUUAUUGCGUGGCCCAGAACGCGGUCACACCACUGUUCUUAAAAAUAUUAAAGUUUCCAGUUAAAUUUAAGCACCUAAAGUCUCGUUGCAGCGCAAACGAGUAUAAAUUCCACUCACAAUUGUGUCACGAAGGGACUGUGCAAGAUGAAAAUCAAGGAACUGCAGAAGACGGUGAACAUCGCCUGGUCGCCGGCGCAGCAGCAGCAGAUUCUCCUGGCUGCCGGCACCGCCGCCCAGCAGUUCGACUCCAAUGCAAAUUCCACCUUGGAGUUGUAUUCCCCGAACUUCAGCGACGCCACCUACGAUCUGGAGCUAAAGGCUAGCGUGGCCAGCCAGUACAAGUUCCAAAAACUCAUCUGGAGCCCUGUGGGAUCACAUCCCAGUGGCCUGAUUGUGGGCGGCUGCGAGGCGGGGCAGAUCAACAUAUACUCAGCUGACAAGCUGCUCGCCGGCAAAGAGGAGCCGCUCCUCAAGCGUCAGGAUAAGCACACGGGCGCCGUCAGUGGACUGGACUUCAAUCCGUUUCAGAACAACCUGCUGGCCUCGUGCGCCUCCGAGUCGGAAAUCCUAAUAUGGGACCUCAACAACCCGGAAACGAGCAUGAGCCCCGGUGCCAAGACACAACCGCUGGAGGACGUGAAGAACGUGGCCUGGAACCGGCAGGUGCAGCACAUCCUGGCCUCCGUGUUCAGCACGCGCUGCGUGAUCUGGGAUCUGCGCAAGAGCCAACAGAUCAUCAAGCUCUCCGACUCACAGUCUCGUGUUCGGUGGCACGCCAUCGAGUGGCAUCCGGAGGCGGCCACGCAAGUCUGGCUGGCCUCCGAAGACGACCAGGCGCCGGUUGUGCAGCUGUGGGAUCUUCGAUAUGCCACGGCUCCAGCGAAAACGUACCAGAUUCACGAGCGUGGAGUACUGGGAAUGUCGUGGUGCCUGCAAGACAACGAUCUGAUGGUUUCGUGUGGCAAGGACAACCGAAUCUAUUGCUGGAACCCCAACACAAAGAUUCCAGAGGGAGAAAUUCUCUCUGAGGUAGCGACCACGGCCUCCUGGUAUUCUGACGUGCAGUUCUGCCCACGGAAUCCUGCUCUGAUUGCCAGCGCCAGUUUGGAGGGAGCUGUUUCCAUUUACUCCCUGCAUGGAGGCACUCACCACCUUGUGCAGACCGCCAACAAGAUUGCCGACUCGUUUCCGGGAAUGGAUCAGUUCGCCCAGGAACCAAUUCCGCAACAGGCAACACAAGUGGUCUACCAUGACCUGACCCAUGCACCCAAGUGGAUGAAGCGACCCUGUGGCGUUGCCUUUGGGUUUGGUGGCAAGCUGGUCAGCUUUGAUGGCACCUCGAAGACGGUUAAGGUUCAACAGCUGACCACCGAAUCUGCUUUGGUGGAGCGAGCCAAUGCUUUGGAGCGCUCUCUUGUCGAUGCCAACUACUCGGAAUACUGCCGGCAGAGGGCCGACGAGACCGCUGAUCAGCACGGACGCUACGUCUGGUACUUCAUCAAGGCGAACUUUGAGCUUAACCCUAAGGAGGAAAUGCUCAAUCUUUUAGGCUACAACAAAGACGACACCGACAGCAAGUUCAGCAAGUUUAUCAAGGAAACUGAGGGAAACUCGCAAUCGGAUGUGGAUACGCUCACAACCCGCAUCUCGACUCUUACCCAUAGCGACUCUUCGGAGGUUGAGUGCGAUCAGAGUACAAAUUAUAGCACCGAUAAUUCGCAGACGCAAGACAACAAGUUUGAUGGAAAUUCAAUCGAACCACAAAAUCACAACGACUUUGCCACACCUCCGAGGCCGCAGUUCAAGGUUCCCAGCGGAGAUCACUCGGAUAGCUUGAUUGCAGAGGCCAUACUAACAGGCAAUGUGGAAGCUGCCGUGGAACUCUGCCUGGAGGCGCAACGCAUUCCGGAAGCUUUGAUCAUCGCCUCGACGGCUGGCAUUGAGACGCUGACCCGCACUCAAUCUCGCUACCUGCUGCAGCAGAAGAACGAGCUGUCGCACGUCAUCUCCGCCUUGGUAUCCCGUGACUGGCUGGACUUUGUCAACCGAUGCACUGUGGACUCGUGGAGGGAGGCCCUGGUGGCCGCCUUGAAACACAGCGAGCGCAAGGUAGUGGACAUCUGCGAGCGCCUUGGUGACCGCCUUUUGAGUGAGUGCGCCUCUAGCGUCGAGUUUACGCGCAAUGCCAUGCUCUGCUACAUUUGCGCCGGCAGCAUCGACAAGCUGGUGACCGCCUGGUACCAGUUGAAACGUCUGGAGCAACAGAACCCCGGUUACAAGCCCAACACCACGGAGCUACAAGACCUGGCCGAGGUGGUGAUGCUAAUGUGCAAGUCCCUGGAGCAGCAGGGAAUAUCCGUGGAUCUAGCAGGCCGCUUUGCUGGCUUUUUGACUGAGUACGGCGGUCUUCUGGCCUCCCAGGGGGCUCUGACUGCAGCCUUGCAGUACAUAACCACCUUAGGUGGUGAAGCUGCCAAUGAGAACGAUAUUCUGCAGAACCUGCGAGAUCGCAUCAACAACGCUGUCAAUCUGGACUAUUCCCAGCCACAGGCACCGGUUGCUGCUGCUCCAGUUGGCUACCAGCAACAGCGAGGUCGGGGAUCGUUCUCACAGCCGCAGCCUGCGGUUCCGUUGCCCUACGGCCAGCCGUCGAAUCAGUUUGCGCAGCCAGGCUGGAAUGCGCAUGCGCCUGUGCCUCCAUUACAGACCGCCUAUCCAGGAGCUCAGCAGGCUCAACCGCCGCCGCAGAUCUUUAAUCCGCAGCCAAUUAAGCCUGAGCCUUUGUCCCAACCACCGCGCCCACUCAGCAACGCCAGUUCCACAGGUGGUCCUCCCCCGGCAGGAGGAGCAGCUUCCUCUAGCGGAUCGGGACUUUCUGGGCGCUCAAAAUACGUACUGGAUCCAUCUGUGGCAGCUCCUACCAGUUCCUAUGGCAUGCCCUACAACCCAGUACCUGCCCCCGUUCCAUCGGCCGUUCCCUUCAGCGGCGGUGGAGUACCUGGGCCUGCACCCCAACCCGCGAGUGUGCCAACCUAUAAUAGCAACGCAUUCAACACGAAUCCAAUUGCGUCUGCCCAAUCCUAUAAUCCAUCGCCAUUUAUGGGGACCCAACAGAAUCAAUUCCUGCCCGGUGUUAAUCCAAUUGAAACCUUGCCACCACAAGCUGCGCCACCGGUCAUCCAGAAUGUGCAACGCAAUCCCACGCCUCCCCCGGGCUGGAACGAUCCUCCUGCACUGAAAUCAUCGCGUGUGCCCAAGCCGAAGCCAGUGGUUGAACCAAGUGCUGCCAUCUUCCAUCCCCUAUUUCCAGUCGAUCCCAAUCAAAAUCAAAACGGCUAUGUGGACCCCGCUCAAUAUCAGAAUGCGCCACCGACUGGAAGUGUGCCUAAUUCAUACUACAAUCCGGCUGCCUUUAACAACAAUCCCCAGCAGCAGCAGCAAUCGUAUCUCCAGCCUCAGCAGCAGCAACUCAACUUGCAGCCUUCGGGCAUUCCGAACCAAGGAGGUCCGCAGCAGCAGAACUGGCAGGGACAGCAGCAGACCCUUGGCUACACCGAGCAGCCAGCUCCCAUCCAGCAGCAGCGCCAACCGGAACCUCCCAAGGAGAAGCCGCCACUUCCCGAGGAGUAUAUCUACUUGCAGACGGUGCUGGAGGAGCUGAAGAACCGAUGCCUAGGCGCAACGAAUGAUCCGCGCACAAAACGCAAGUUUGUUGAUGUUGUAAAGAGACUGGAAAAUCUCUACGACUGCCUACGCGAUGGCAAGCUUACUCCCACAACGGUGCAAUUUCUGAAUCAAAUAAUACAGUACAUUCAAAUAUCAGACUACGCCAAUGCUCUGGAAAUCCACACCCGGAUUGCCUUCGGAACGGACUUUGCGCAGUGUGCGGGCUUUAUGCAGGGACUCAAGGUCCUUCUGCAAUCCGCGUCCGAGCUGCAUUUGGUUCUGCGCUAGAGCGUCGAUUACCGCUACGAGACAAGCUCACUAACGUAUAUACUUUUGUGUCUUCAAAUAUGGAUGUCUAUUGUGUUUUGUAAA